UGGGGUGGGAGGUCCCCGCCCACCUGGACCUUGACUGCCCAGUCUCUUCCUGGCCUCCCCACAGAGCUAACCUCCAUCUCAGCCUCCGCUAGACAUGUCCAGUCUUCAGGCACUGUGCUCCGGCCUGCCCCUGUGGCCUCUCCCCGAGAACCGGGGCCGCCAGGCUGGGGUGCCACAUGCCCCCGUCAGGACCCCACGCCUCAGCCCUGCUGAGGAGCAGUUGGCACUGAGGAACGCCCUGCGCUACUUCCCCCCGGACCUCCAGGAGCUGCUGGCCCCUGAGUUCGCCGAAGAGCUGCGACUGUAUGGGCACAUCUACAUGUACCGGUUCUGCCCCAGCAUUGAAAUGAGGGCCUACCCAGUUGAGCAGUACCCCUGCCGGACGAGAGCCGCUGCGGCCAUCAUGCACAUGAUCAUGAACAACCUGGACCCUGCCGUGGCCCAGUUUCCCCAGGAGCUCGUGACCUAUGGAGGAAAUGGGCAGGUGUUCGGCAACUGGGCUCAGUUCUGGCUGACGAUGUCCUACUUGUCACAGAUGACAGAGGAGCAGACCCUGGUCAUGUACAGUGGGCAUCCGCUGGGCCUCUUUCCGAGCAGCCCUGGUGCCCCUCGGCUGGUCAUCACCAAUGGGAUGGUCAUUCCCAACUACUCCUCCAGGACAGAGUAUGACAAGCUCUUUGCCAUGGGGGUUACAAUGUAUGGCCAGAUGACAGCGGGCAGCUAUUGCUACAUCGGUCCCCAGGGAAUCGUCCACGGCACAGUGCUCACCGUGUUGAAUGCCGGGCGUCGGUAUCUGGGCACCGAGGACCUGGCCGGGAAGGUCUUUGUCACCUCUGGGCUGGGCGGCAUGAGUGGAGCUCAGGCCAAAGCGGCAGUCAUCGUGGGGUGCAUUGGCGUGAUAGCAGAGGUGGAUAGAGCAGCCCUCAUGAAACGCCACAAGCAAGGCUGGCUGAUGGAGGUAGCCGACAGCUUGGACCACUGCAUUCGAAGACUCAGGGAAGCAAGGAGAAGGAAGGAGGUGCUCAGCCUUGGUUACCAUGGCAAUGUGGUGGAUCUUUGGGAGCGCCUGGUCCACGAACUGGAUACCACAGGGGAGCUCUUGGUGGACUUGGGUUCAGACCAGACGUCCUGCCACAACCCGUUCAAUGGCGGCUACUACCCUGUGCAGCUGGGCUUCACAGAGGCCCAGAGCCUCCUGGCCUCCAACCCAGCUGCAUUCAAGGCCCUGGUCCAGGAAAGCCUGAGGAGGCAAGUCUCAGCCAUCAACAGGCUGGCCAAGGAGAACUUCUUCUUCUGGGACUAUGGCAACGCCUUCCUCUUGGAGGCCCAGAGAGCAGGAGCCGACGUGGAGAAGAAAGGCGCCCGUAAGACAGAAUUCCGCUACCCCUCGUAUGUCCAGCACAUCAUGGGGGACAUAUUCUCCCAAGGAUUCGGGCCUUUCCGCUGGGUAUGCACGUCAGGGGACCCCCAGGACCUGGCGGUCACGGACCAGCUGGCUGUGUCUGUGCUGGAGGCGGCCAUUGCUGGCGGAGUGAACCCGGCGGUGAGGCUGCAGUAUGUGGACAACAUCCGCUGGAUCCGGGAGGCCGCCAGGCACCAGCUGGUGGUGGGCUCCCAGGCAAGGAUCCUGUACUCUGACCAGAAAGGCCGUGUGGCCAUUGCCGUGGCCUUUAACCAAGGCAUCGCCAGUGGGAAGAUCAAGGCGCCGGUGGUCCUGAGCCGAGACCACCAUGACGUGAGUGGCACAGACAGCCCCUUUAGGGAGACCUCCAACAUUUACGAUGGCUCUGCCUUCUGUGCAGACAUGGCUGUGCAGAACUUCGUGGGAGACGCCUUUCGUGGUGCCACCUGGGUGGCUCUUCACAACGGCGGGGGCGUCGGCUGGGGUGAGGCGAUCAACGGGGGAUUUGGCCUUGUGCUGGACGGGACCCAGGAAGCUGAGCAGAAGGCCAAGAUGAUGCUCACCUGGGACGUCUCCAACGGAGUGGCCCGCCGCUGUUGGUCCGGGAACCAGAAGGCCUAUGAGAUCAUCUGCCAGACCAUGCAAGAGAACAAUGGCUUGGUGGUGACACUCCCGCAUGAGGUGGCUGAUGAGCAUGUGCUCCAGCAGGCCCUGCAGUCGUGAGCAGAAAUCCAAGAGCCAGCCAUGGUCCCCUUGUCCCCCUGGUCCCCUUCAUCACUCUCACAGCCACACCACACCUCCUACCACACACCAUUGUCUCCUGGGUCAGGAGUUUCACACACACGCCCUCAUUUGGCCUCACAACACCCUGGAAGGUGUGCCGCUACUGUUCCCAUUUUUCAGAUGGGUCAGCUGAGGCCCAGGGAGGUGGAGCCAUUUGCCCACGACCACAGGGAAUGCUUGGAGGGCAGUGAAAGCCUUGUUCAAGGCUGACUCCUCAAGUCUGCCAUGGAGCAGGCUCCAGGAGCCUUGGGGGAUACGCGUGCUGUGAAUACUGGCUGAGCAGGUGCCAGCCGAGUCCCUCUAAACUCCUGCCAGCCCUUCUCCUACAAGGGGCAGGGUUUCCUUUGGCCAGGCUUUUAUCGGUCUCUCUGUCUCCUGUCUGCCCUCCAUUCAUCCACGCAGCUAUCUUUUCAUCUGCUGGCCCAUCCAUUUGUCUAUGCAGGUACUUUCUGUACCUCGGUGCCCUGGCUCUGGGCACGAAGGAGCAUGACCAGGCCCUGGGCUUGGAGGAAUCCAGGGAGGAUGACAGACAGGGAAAUAAAGAAUUGACCAGA